UUUCAGUACUGGUUCAUUGCAAUUCAGUCCGGAUGAAUACCCACAUGGGCUAUUCUUAGCUUCCGAUUCAGAGAGAAAAAUCCGAAGAAUAGGUAACAAAUUUAGAAUCCCAGGCCAGAGACAGACUGACUUCCACGUUUGUCAAAGUAAAAUGGACGUUUCAUGUAAAUGAAAAUAUGAAAUUGAAAGAAAUAAAUUAAUAACUUGCCAUGGCAUCAAGGAGACGAAUUGGAAUUGUUGGAUUUGGCAAAAUUGGUAAAUACCUAUUUGAUAACAUCAAGGACAGAAAUGAUUUUGAGAUUGUGUUUGUGUGGAACCGGUCUAUUUCAGCCAUGGAUGGGAUUGUUCCACCUUCCCUAGUUCUGGAAGAUUUAAGUAAAUUUGCUUCAAGAAAUGCUGACUUGAUAAUUGAAGUUGCCCAUCCAUGUAUAUCUGAAAAAUAUGGAGCAGAUUUCAUAGCAAGUGCAGAUUAUUUUGUUGGUUCACCCACAGCCCUUGCAGAUCUACAUGUUGAGAAGAAACUUCGUAAUGGUGCUAUUAAACAUGGCCUCUACAUUCCAAGUGGUGCAUUAUGGGGAGGGCAUGACAUCCAAAAGAUGGCUGACAGAGGAACAUUGCAGGGGCUGAAAAUCGCGAUGACGAAGCAUCCUGAUGCAUUCCGUUUAGAAAGCCCACUAAAGGAAGUCAAUGAAUCAGUUCAAGAACCAACUGUGUUAUAUGAUGGUCCUGUGAAAGACCUCUGUCCACUUGCACCUAAUAAUGUCAACACAAUGGCUGCUGCAUGUAUGAUGGCACACAACCUUGGCUUUGAGAAGGUCCAAGGAUGUAUCACUUCAGAUCCCAAUGCCCGUGACUAUCAUCUGAUUCAGAUUGAUGUUAUAGGACCUGGGGAUGUGAGUGCUGGGAAAGCCUUCACAGUCUCUACGACAAGAAAAAGCCCAGCAACUUACAAGGCUGUCACCAGUAAUGCAACUUAUGUUUCUUUCUUCAGUAGUGUAUUAAGAGCAAGAGGACUAGGAGCUGGUGUUCAUCUCUGUUAAGGUGUGAUUUCUUUCAGUAUUUCUAUCCUGCCUACCAACCUACAUUCCAAUCUUCUGUGGGAGUGACAAUCUUUGACUGCACAUUGAACGAUGUGACAAUAAAUGACUUUACCCAACAUGUUUGUUACAUCGCCAGUGAAUGAUUUCUCACACCAUCAUAUGAAUUGUCACCCCUUGUGACUUUAAGUAAUGUGGAAAUGGAAAGGCAAGUAUUUUAUUGCUAGCCCCACUUUAAUAUUGCAGUACCCUUCUAAGUAAAAUGUUUAUAAGGCAAUAUUUGGCUAAUCAGUUUGUUGGUCUAGUCACAAUAUGUUGCAUGAAAUCCCUUUUUUUUAGAAUAUCGUUUAAGAUUUUGUCUUGCAUCUCUGCUCCAGAGAUGGUGGUUUUGGAUUAUGCCUGCAUUAAUCAUGUAUGGAAA